UCGGUCACUCGCUGUUAGAUACCGAUCGAGACGGUUGUACUUCGCAAAUAAAAACUCAUUGACAAUGGUUCUUAAGCUAUACGCAGUAUCUGAUGGGCCGACAUCAUUAUCAGUUCGACAACUAUUGCAUCAGCUUCAAAUACCUUUCGAGCUAAUCAGUGUGGAUUAUAAUAAAGGGGAGCAUAUGACAGAAGAUUAUGCCAAGAUGAACCCCCAAAAAGAAAUUCCGGUGUUAGAAGACGAUGGAUUUUAUCUCGGCGAAAGUAACGCUAUAUUGCAAUAUAUCUGCGACAAAUACAAACCAAAUUCAGACAUGUAUCCUCAGGAUCCAAAAGCGAGAGCCCUCGUGAAUCAUCGGCUCUGUUUCAAUCUGUCUACGUAUUAUCCUGAUAUAUCUUCAUACACGAUGACACCAAUUUUCUUCGACUCCGAACGCACUGAGUUCGGUCUUAAGAAAGUUAACAUGGCCCUAGACGUCUUUGAGACAUAUCUGGACAGGCUUGGAACAAGUCACGCGGCGUCAGAAAACCUCACUAUAGCGGAUCUGCAGUUGUUCAAUUCUACAAUGACCCUCGAGGCGAUAGACUUUGACUUUAGUAAAUACAAGAAGAUACACAACUGGUAUAACAAUUUCAAACGAAACUAUCCUGACUUAUGGAAGAUAACUGAAGACGCUAUAAAGGUUAUAAAAUAUUUUAUAGCCAACCCACCAGACCUGAGCCAUUUAAAUCAUCCGAUCUAUCAGGCUCGUCAAAUAAAAAAUAAAUGAGCAUUAAAAUAUUUAUUAACCUA